CGGCGGGCUCGGCUCCUGCUGUUGCUGCCGCCGCCGCCGCAGCAGCAGGAGGAGGAAGAUGAUGGAUCCAGGCAAGGAGCCCCGGGCGGCCGCGGGAGAGCCCGAGCCGGCGGUGUCGUUCCAGGCCCGGCUGUGGAAGAACCUGCAGCUGGGGGGUAAGAGCCGAAGCGGCGGCGGGCGGGCGGCAGCCGAUCGCCGCACUGCGGAGCCCCCCGCUCCGCCGCCGGCCAGCGGCAAGGGGGACCUACCGCCCGGCGCUAAGUGGGGCGGCUUCAAGCGCCGGAGGCAAGUGCUGGACCGCGUCUUCUCGUCCUCCCAGCCCAACCUCUGCUGCUCAGCCGCCGAGCCACUGGAGCCGGGCGGCGAGUCCGGCUCCGCCUUGCGCCGGCUGCGGGAGCACCUGCUAUCCCAGGGGAAGGGGCCGCCGCCCGGCCGCCGCGACGACCCCGCCGCCGGGGAUGAGGGGCCUCCGGGCGGGAAGGAGGGCCGCCGGCCCGGGGCGCACCUGUCCCACCAGAAGAGCUCCUCGCUGCCGAGCACCGCCUGCCUGGAGCAGCUGCUGCAUGGCUCGCCCGCCGCCGGCAGGAGGAAGGAGCAGCGGGCGGCGGACGGCGACGGCAGCGCGAGAACAAAUUUGGUUGGAACAAGUAAUGCAGAUUUUCCCUCGGGGGAUCCCGGAAUGUACCAGUUGGACAUUACUCUAAGAAGAGGACAGAAUCUAGCAGCACGGGACCGUGGAGGAACCAGUGACCCGUAUGUCAAGUUCAAACUUGGAGGCAAAGAAGUAUUUAGAAGUAAAACAAUACACAAGAACCUCAAUCCUGUGUGGGACGAAAAAACAUGUGUUCUUAUAGAUAAUCUAAGAGAACCAUUAUAUAUAAAGGUCUUUGACUAUGACUUUGGACUUCAAGAUGACUUUAUUGGUUCGGUGUUUUUGGAUCUCACAUCGUUGGAAUUAAACAGGCAAACAGAUGUUACCUUGAGUCUGAAGGAUCCUCAUUACCCUGACCAUGAUCUGGGAAGCAUAUUAUUAUCAGUUCUGUUGGCUCCUAGAGAAGAACAGCGGGAAGUGACAAUGCUAAUGAGGAAGAGUUGGAAAAGAUCAAGUAAGACGCAGAGCUUACGUCUUUCAGACCUGCACAGAAAAUCUCAGCUUUGGAGAGGGAUAGUUAGUGUUACCUUAAUAGAAGGUCGUGAACUUAAGGCGAUGGAUGCAAAUGGACGAAGUGAUCCUUAUGUGAAGUUCCGGUUGGGGCAUCAAAAGUACAAAAGCAAGAUUGUGCCAAAAACUUUGAAUCCUCAGUGGAGGGAGCAGUUUGACUUUCAUCUCUAUGAAGAACGAGGUGGAAUUAUUGAUAUUACCGUGUGGGAUAAGGAUGCUGGCAAAAAGGAUGAUUUUAUUGGCAGGUGCCAGGUUGACCUGUCGACCCUGAGUAAAGAGCAAACCCACAAGCUGGAGAUGCCGCUGGAGGAGGGAGAGGGAUACCUGGUGCUGCUGGUCACUCUCACAGCCUCAGCUGCAGUCACUAUCUCUGACCUCUCCGCCAACUCCCUGGAGGACCAGAAGGAGCGAGAGGAGAUACUGAAGAGAUAUAGUCCAAUGAUGAUGUUCCAUAACAUGAAGGAUGUGGGAUUUCUUCAGGUGAAGGUCAUCAGAGCAGAAGCAUUGAUGGCAGCUGAUGUCACAGGUAAAAGUGACCCAUUUUGUGUAGUUGAAUUGAACAAUGAUAGACUGCUGACACACACCGUCUACAAGAACCUCAAUCCAGAAUGGAACAAAAUCUUCACAUUCAAUAUUAAAGACAUCCACUCCGUGCUUGAAGUGACAGUUUAUGACGAAGACCGUGAUCGCAGUGCUGACUUUCUAGGCAAAGUUGCUAUACCAUUGCUGUCUAUUCAAAAUGGUGAACAGAAAGCCUACGUCUUGAAAAACAAGCAGCUGACAGGGCCAACAAAGGGGGUCAUCUAUCUUGAAAUAGAUGUGAUUUUUAAUGCUGUGAAAGCCAGCAUACGAACCUUAAUGCCCAAAGAAGUGAAGUACAUUGAAGAGGAAAACAGACUGUCUAAACAGCUGCUGUUAAGAAACUUUAUCCGGAUGAAGCGUUGUAUCAUCGUGCUCAUAAAUGCCGCCUACUACAUUAGCAGUUGCUUUGACUGGGAUUCUCCCUCAAGAAGUCUCACUGCUUUUUUGCUUUUUCUUUUUGUGGUCUGGAACUUUGAGCUCUACAUGAUACCACUGGCUUUGUUGUUGCUGCUGGCAUGGAAAUACUUCUUGAUCAUAUCAGGGAAAGAUAACAGGCACCAUGAUAUUGUAGUGGAGGACAUGCUAGAGGACGAGGAAGAAGAGGAUGACAGAGAUGACAAGGACAGUGAAAAAAAAGGAUUUAUGAAUAGACUUUAUGCCAUCCAGGAGGUGUGUAUCAGUGUCCAGAAUAUCCUUGAUGAAGUGGCUUCCUUCGGAGAAAGAAUCAAGAAUACAUUCAACUGGACUGUCCCAUUCUUGAGCUGGCUGGCAAUUGUUGCCCUCUCCGUGUUCACCAUCAUCCUGUAUUUCAUUCCAUUGAGAUACAUUGUCCUUGUCUGGGGUAUCAACAAAUUUACAAAGAAGCUUCGAAGUCCGUAUGCAAUUGAUAACAAUGAGCUACUUGACUUUCUAUCCAGAGUUCCUUCAGAUGUGCAAGUGGUGCAAUACCAUGAACUGAAACAGGAUCCCAGUCACAGCCCAAGCAAGAGGAAGAAAAACAACCCUGGCUAGCCAACUCCACAUGCUGAAGGGUCAAGCACCUGCUGGGGGAGGAUAAAAGAAAAAGCCUACAGCCUAAGCAGCAUUUCCUUUCUUUCUUGAGCUUUUUAUUUAUUUUUCCUUUUUACCUAAUGGGGAGAUUUUGUAAAUAUUGUAAAAAGGCAUUUCUCAUUGAAGAUAUAUUUCACACUGUAAAGACAUUUGUUGAAGGUUUCAAGUAGGGUUUCUACAUUCGAAAGCCUUAUUAGACGCAGUAUUACACAUUAAAGGAAUCAAUCUAAAAUGGUAAAUAUGCACAGCUACUUGGUGGUCAGAGAUACCUGAAAUACUCAAAUCAUGCCGACUGAAUCUGCAAAAGGCGUACUUUUAAAUCUGACUCAAAAAAUUCAGUCAGAUUUUAUUUGUGAGCAUUAAUAUUUUUAUCCACUAAGCCACCAUUACGAUUUUCUAUGUUUUAUACGUUUCAACAGAAAUACAGUGUAGUGGACCCUACUGCACUUAAGUUUUAGCAGAUUUUUUUGAACUCCAGACCCUGUGUUAACUCCUGGUGCAAUGUUUUCCUGUGCAGGAGGGCUGCUUAUAAGAUAAUGAGAAACACCAAGUGCACAUCUCUUUCUGGAGCUCCCAAAAGUAGUUCCUAAUGUUUUUAUCAUUCCAUCGUAAGACCUAAAAAUCUCUGUCUCUCUCAAAAUACUGCCAGGUUUGUAACUGAUUGCCUAUCUGAUUUUUGUAUACGUACCGGUAAUCUUCAUUUGUACUACAUAGUUUAGUGAAUAAAGUUCAUAAUUCUGCUGUAA